AUGGUUCUGAAAGUGCUUCCUUACUCUUUCAUAAUUCCUGUACCGAUUAGAGCAUUUCCAGCAAGCAGGCUGGGGGGAGGGCUGGGGGGGGGCUGGGGGAAAAUGCUGUUUCCAGCAACACAAAGCUGCCAGGGCAAGGAGUGGGGCCCAGCUACCUGGGCUGGCCCGAAGGGGAGGCUGGCCCGAGCGCCAGCCCGGGCAAUCUGA